CAAUCGUCUACCUGACUGGAAUAUAUGAGACUUCCUAGACCUCUUCUUGAUAGAAUACGAAUCCGUGCUAUAUCCUCUUGUCACAGCAUGGCAGGCUCUUCUCAAACUACCCAGAUCUUGCACUGUGAUGCGUCCUCCAUCACAUUUGGCUCUUCCGAUGAACCAGAGAUCAGCUCUCAAGCCACCUUGUACGCCUUAUGGCAGGCUGCUGAACAACUCAAAAGGCUUCAGACAGUAGCAUUUCCCACGGAGACCGUCUAUGGGCUUGGAGCGUUGGCCCUUGACUCGACAGCCGCAUCCCGAAUCUUCUCUACCAAAGGCAGGCCUCCAGAUAACCCUCUCAUUGUCCAUGUCUCCUCAAUUCCGAUGCUCCACAAGUUAUUGCCCAGGGGAUACACAAUCUCGAAGACAAAUGACAUGCUCAUGAGGCAUUUCUGGCCCGGUCCCCUUACUCUUCUGUUUCCCGCCGACUCCGCGUUGAUCCCGUCAAUCAUCACCGCGAACCAAGCCACGGUUGCGAUCAGGAUGCCAUCACAUCCGGUGGCCAGAGCUUUGAUAGCUUUGACCGAUGCGCCCAUCGCCGCCCCAAGCGCAAACUCUUCAGGCAGACCGAGUCCUACCCGUGCCGAACAUGUGUUUAAAGACCUCGGCGGCAAGGUCGGGCUGAUAUUGGAUGGUGGUCCUUGCGGAGUUGGGCUAGAGAGCACGGUGGUCGAAGCUUUGAACGAAGAUGGCAAUAUACGCAUCCUGCGCCCAGGCGGAGUCACGGUAGAGGACAUUGAAGGAGUAAUCCAGCAGGAAAUGGGCUCCGCUGAACACAAGCCCAAAGUGUUCGUGUAUCGGCGUGAUUAUCGCGAUGAAGCAUUGGAACAAGCUCCCACUACACCGGGAAUGAAAUACCGGCACUAUUCGCCCGCUGUUCCUGUGAUCCUAUUGAGGACUUCGCCUGCGCAGAACGAAUCCCAGCCAGUCUCUAUUCCGUCAUUCUUGGCCUCUGUCAAGCAGAAAGUGAAGUUGAACCGUCCCAUUAAAAUUGGUUUAUUGGCACCGUCAGAUUCUCCCCUCCUCUCUAGAUUGACCGCACCUACCGAUGAGAUCGUUUGGCACACAUAUCUUCUUGGGCCGAUAUCUGUUCCUGCAAUCUCUGCGCAACGCUUAUUCGAUGGGUUACUCACACUGGACAAUGCCGGCGUCGACCUGAUAUUGGUGGAAGGAAUUGAAGAGGAGCGUGAAGGAUUGGCUGUAAUGAAUCGCGUCAACAAAGCCGCGAGUGAGAUUGUCUGGAUAGAUCAGACUGCAUGAUAUAGCAAGUGCGUAUAGAUAUCUUUGCCCUGGAUAGACAGUGACUGAAAGGUGUUGUAGAUAA